AUGAUUUUCUCGCUUCCCCAUCUCUUGAGUGUGUCUCACGCUACCCUCAAAGCCCUCCGCUACGCCACACGGCGGGCCGGUGUUGUCCUUACAGCUGCACGGCACUCGUCUGUCUUUUCUUCCCUUUUCUCUCUAGAAAACGCUCCCCUGCUCCCUCGCCUUUCUGCCGUCCGCUGCUUUCAUGCUGCAGCCUCGCGUCUCUUCUUCAGGUCAUGCGCCUCGAACGCACCCUUCAUUUCGAGGACUGUUGAAAAUGGCAAACUCCUGGCACGGCCGGGCAAGGGGCCUCUUGCGCUGGUGAAGUUUCACGGCAUAAAGGACAGGACUGCGGCAAGCGCCUUGACAGGAUGUCUCAUUUUUGUGCACCCCAAGCAGAGCCUUGCCUCGCUGCCCCCGAACUCCAUUUUGGCUGCCGAUCUGAUAGGCUUUGAGGUCACGCUGCUGCACGACGCUGCACGAACUCGGAUUGGCCGUGUUACUGAUGUCGUGUCGAAGCACGAUAUGGGACUGCGAGAGGAAGCGGUUGGAGCGGCCGAUGACUGCCUCCAGAUUGAGGUGUUUAAGGACCUUCCGGCCCGUCGCUUGCUUGCGGAGAGCUUCCUAGACCCUGCUCCCCCCCAGGGACCGCUUCUAGCCUCAGCGCUGCAUGCCUUGGGAUCAGAGGUGCCCCCGCAGGAGGGAGAGGAGGCGGAGGUGCUGUUCGAGUGUGAAGGCUGCGGCCUGCGCUUCAGCGACUGUGCAGCAGCUGUAUGCCACGAGAGGCUGUGCACUAGCCAGCCCCCAAGCACGGGGGGCGACCACCGUAGCGAAGGAGGUUUGGAUAGCGAAGGCGGAGCUCUCCAGUGGCUCUUGCAGACAGCAGCGGCCUCACCGGAGACCCCACAAAACCUUGAAGGAUCCGAGAGCCUCCUGUCGCCCUCCGGUCCGGUGCCGGAUGCAGCAGUGCGUGCAGACGGACGACGAGACCCCGGAGCCGUGGCGGGUCUGGGGGCCCCAGGGGGCCUCCUUGCGGGGCCCCCCCCUCGCGAGCUGCGAACGCUUGAAGGCCCCAACGGCCGGGCUGGUGCGCGUCUGGGCAGCCGCUUCCUUGAGCGCCUGUCGCUGGGCGACCAGGUAUCGUGGGAGCGAGGCCCCCGUUUCUUCCCUCGACAGCGGGAGGGGGCCCUCGAGGCGGCCGAAAGGGCCUUGGACUUCGCCUGCAGCAGCGGGGCUGGUCAGAACUACGUCGAGGCAAACUGGAACGAUCCGGAGGAUGUCGCUGCAGUGUGCCAACUCCUCGGGCCUCCCAGCGAUUUAAGGCCGGCCCUCUGCAACACGGAUGCACAGCCAUCCGGGCAGUCAUUCUUGUUGCCCUUCGCUCUGGGAGUUACGGUGGAUGAAGUCAACAUCGGCGCGAAGACCCUCGGCAUCAAUGCACCGCCAGCACUCCUCCAUUAG